ACCUUAUAACGGUCUAAUACCUUAUAUAUAUAUGGACCUUAUAUAUCGACAGUAAUGAUAACAGAAGUAUUUCCCCGACACUUCAUUUACAACAGUUAAACGAAAAUAAAUAUUUGCUUUUAAUGUUAAACAUAUAUUCUUUGACACCGGAUUAAACUCAAGGAAGGAUUAUCCAUUUUUGUACCGAGGGAUGACUAUUUUUCUACAUAUUACAUUUUGUAGAAUUUUAAUGAAUUGCAAACCGUUAUAUAUAUUUUGAAUGUUAUAUUUUCUUGUAUAUAUAAGAAUAAGAUUUUGAAUUUCCUCCCCUCUGCAGUUGCCGACCAAGCUCCCUCAAGUGUCACAUCUUUGUGUAAAACAAAAUACAAAACUACCGUUAAAUAACUUGUGAGAUUGAAGUGUCGUUUCUUUUGUGGAAAACAAAAUAAAAACUUACUGUUUAAUAACUUGGAAGUCAAUCUGUUCACACAGUGUCGUGUUAGGAUUAUUCCUUAUCAUAUUCAUGUCAUCAUUGUCAUGAUGUUAAUAAUUGCGGGUAUUGGUCAAUAAUAACGAUCGAUCAUAUAGAAAUUUACGAUAUGGUUUAUUUUUUACCUUCGAAUCUUCAACAACCUCUGACCAAAGACAACGACUAAACCAUCCUCUAUAUUUUGUGCAAUAUGAUGAGAACACAUUGUUUUUCCAGUCUUAUAAAUUAAAGCCUGAUCUCAAAUCCAAAGACGAUUUCGCAUUUGCACCCCUAAUCUAGAAUGAAAUUAUAUUUGAGUUUAUUUCAAUCGUUAGAACGUCCCAUACAAAAAAAAAAAAAAAAUUAUGCAACAUGAACAUCUAUACGUGUAUAUACAUGGUAACAUGGGACGGAGGCCAAGAUAGGUUAGGACAAGGAUAAAGAAAACGAUCAAAUCUGCAAAGAUCAGUCUCUCCCAAAUCCCAAGAAAAAACAAAACAUUAAGCAUGCAUUUCGUAAUAAACAACUCAUCAUAAAUCGACACAUAACUCGAAAACCUCUCCCCCGACAAUUUAUCAAUUUAUUUAUCUUUUAAAUUGACCAAAAACAAAAAAAAAAAUUAUCUUUUAACUUGAACACCAUUACUAGAUCUCCGCAUUUAUAUACGAGUAUACAAGUAACAAGCCCUAAAACGUAAACACUUGAUUAAGGAUUAUAUCUGAAAAUGUCUUUCCCCCUGAAAGUUCGUAGCGUACGUGGCAACAACGGAGGAGGAGGAGGGACGGGGACGAAGUGCGGGAGGUGGAACCCGACGGUGGAGCAGUUGAAGAUAUUGACUGACUUGUUCCGAGCUGGUCUUAGAACUCCGACCACUGACCAAAUUCAGAAGAUCUCUACAGAGCUCAGUUUCUACGGCAAGAUCGAGAGUAAGAAUGUUUUCUAUUGGUUCCAAAACCAUAAGGCUAGAGAGAGGCAAAAACGCCGUAAAAUCUCCAUUGAUUUUGAUCAUCAUCAUCAAGAAAAUGACUAUAUCUCUCAUCAUCAUCAUCAUCGUCAACCAUCAACUAGAGAUGUUUUUGAAAUAAACGAAGACGAGGAGGAGAGGGUAAUAGAGACGCUACAACUCUUUCCGGUGAAUUCAUUCCAAGAAUCCAAAGUGGACAAAAUGAGAAGCAGAGUCAAUAACCAGUACCGUGAAUACAUACGAGAGACCAACACGACCACGUUUCCUUCGUACUCAUCAUGUGGAGCUGAGAUGGAACAUCCAUCGCCGUUGGAACUUCGAUUAAGCUUUCUUUAAAUUAGUGACCACCUUAAUAAUGUCUUGGAAGUCCGAUAAAUUUUUAAAAGAAGUCAUGUUAGGAGAUCUUAUGUAUUUUGAAUUAUGACUCAGAAUAUCCAAUGUAUCAAUUAUGACAACAAGUCUAAGCUGCAGCUUUAGCAAAAAAAAAAAAAAGAGUUCUAACCUGCAGUUACUUACUUUCUGUGAGUUUAAUAGUAUAUUGUAAGAACUAAUAUCAUGGAAGCUAUUACAGAAGUUUGACAUGGAAAAUUAUAGUCUACCAUGGUACACACAUAAAGAGCUAUUUGGUCCGAGACAAAAAGAGAGAGAGAGAACAAGUUUUAAUCUAAUGCAUCUUUUAUUGUGCUAAGUAUUUUUAAUACUAAUUUUGUACCAUUCUAUUCAAUAAUGAUAUUAUUAUAUUCAUGAUUUUGAUAUUAGAUAUUUUUUUGCCAUAUAAGAAUCCAGAUUAUAUGAUUUUAGUUACACCAUAGUGAUAAUUAUAUGUAAGUUUAUCUCCACUAAUCAGCAUAAAUAAUAAUAAAUUAUAUUUUUUCUUAGGAUUUUAGUCGUCGGUAACAACAUUAAAGCAUUGCUUCAAAGUAUUUGGGUAACAAAUCAAUUUAAUAUUUUUUCUUCAAUUUACAUUGUUUUUUCUCGACACAGAGCACUUCAAAGUUCAAACUGUCUUUUUUUUGGUAAUCAAUUUACAUGUACACCCAAACCGGGCCAAUAUAAUAAACCAAAUUAUUUUAAAAUAAAAUGUUUGCGAGACAUAUAUAAUUGGUUGGUCGCAUCCCAUAUACUAGGCCAAGUAUAGCUGGGCUUAGAAUAAAAAAGCACAUUAUUUUAUUUAGUCCAUUAAGCUUCGUAAAAUAGAUAUAAGAGAGAAGAUAUUUAGUUUAAAAAGUUUGUUUCUUCACCUCCAUCGACCUAAUCCAUUUAUAAGUUCCACCGAUAUGAUCAAAAUUUCAUAGAACUGUUUGGUUCAUCUAUGGUUCAUCUAAAGGAAUUGUCUAAAUGGAUUUAUGUUUAUUUUUUAUUUUUUUUUCAUUUUCAUCCAAACGAAUUUAGUAAACAAAUUACUAAAUAGCCUUGUUUUGAUUUAAUCAAAUGCAAUUCUCUCAAAUAGUGUUUUUUAGUUUUUAUCACAAAAUAGUAUUCAAAGAAGAAAAUGAAAAAAUAGCUCAUAUUAUUAUGAAAAUUUUAAUUUUAAGUUUUUUAUUUAUUUU